CAGGCCGCGGCGCUCUCGGGCCGCCCCUGCCCGGCGCCGCCCCUCGCGGAGCCCGGGGGCCCGCACCACCGCCCGCAGGAUCGCCGGCGCCUCCAGUCGCCGCUCGCCGCCGACGGACUCGGCUCCCGGCCUGCCAGCGCCGAGUCCGCCAGCGCCAGCGCGGGGGGCCGCCAGCGCAGCCGGCGCAGCUCGGGCCCGCCGACUCCCGCCGCCUCGCUGGAGGCGUGCGGCAGCUGGUCGGACCUGCUGGGGAGCGAGCCGCGCCGCUGGCGCUCCCGGCUGGAGGAGGACGUGCGGCAGCGCCACGCGGACCUGCUGCUGAGCGCCUGGUCGCACCUCUCGGCGG